GAUAGAGGGUAGCAUUUCAGAAAUGCCUACCAUUACAGACGUACCCUUAGAGAUCUUUCUGGACAAUCUUUUCCCUUUGCUUCCCGUCCCAGACCUCCUCAGCCUUGAGGCAACGAACCGUUUCUUCUACCAGCUGACUUCUGACGAGACCUUUUGGAAGCGAAAAAUACAGAAAGAUUACAACUUUCCCGACUCUGAUACCGCCAGGACCACAGGGUGGAAGUUUAUCUACAAGCGUCUCUCCAAUCCCAAGAUCUAUGUGUGGGGAGAGCACUCGAGAGGUAGAUUGGGAAUAUCUGGCAGAGAUCUUCCAAACCCUCUAUACGACGGUAUUCCAUUUCCCAUGAGAUUACGUAUUCCUUGGGUACGCAUAGUCAAUCUCGUUGCUGGUGGAAUGUCCUUCCAUGCUAUUGACGCGCAAGGCCAUGUCUAUGUAUGGGGUGCGUUGGACGGAACAAGCUUUGCGCUGCGCACCGAUGGGUUCUCCGACCCUUCGAAGGUGGCAGAAUCUCCCAUGCGCUUGGAACUUCCCUGCGCAAUCCGCCAGAUCAGCUGCGCGAGAUUGCACAGCGCCGCUCUGGACACUGAUGCCCAAGUCUGGACUUUCACGUCUUGGGGGCGUCCAUUCAAGCUGCAGACCGCGCUUCUGGACAGAUCAUCUCGCGACACGACUCCAGUUCAGGUCGAGUGCGGAUGGGGCUUCACCUCCAUUCUUACCCAAGGGGGCGAUGUCUUGGUAAACUGGCCGAGCCGUGGUCGCAUGCUCGAGGAGAUCCAUCGCAUCGACCAGGAGCUAAACCAGGCCGGUGAUGUCACUCAGGCAAAACCAUCGCCUGAGCGUCCAGGUAUCAUCCCAUGCCAUGUUUGGGACAUGGGGAACAUCGAACCCUACCGACUUCCUGCAAUACCGGCAGGUCUACCCCGCUUGGCUGGCACAGGACUUCCCACAGAUGUGCUUGACGGCGAGACUAGGCUGGUAAAGAUCGCCGGCAUGGAUAACUUUUUGGUUGGUCUUACUAACAAGGGGCACGUUUUGAAAUACGACCGCCUUGAAAGCGAAGAAAGUUAUCAACGUGGACAUUGGGAAUAUUUGCCAUCAUUUAGCGAGCUGGAGAAGGUCUCUCAGCAUCCUGUCUUUGCCGAAGGACAGUUGAAACCCCCGAGCACGAUGCACAUCACACAGAUAUCCGCUCACUUUAAGACGUUCACAGCCUACUCUACGGGCCCCGAAUCUGUGGUAUUGAUGUGUCGAAUGCAAACGACGGACGAGGAAGGGCCAAUUUCGCAGCAGCGACUUGAGCCGACCAUCAUUCCUUCUCUCCAGUACCGUGGCGUCAUCUCUGUCAUCCUUGGAGACUACCACUACGGCGCACUUACUGAGGCGGGCAAGCUCCUUACGUGGGGUGCGUUCUCCAAGGGUGCACUUGGACUCGGCGACCCCGUCGAUAUCGAGCCCGGCCAACCGGGAGGGUUCAGCACCAGAGAGCAGCGACUGGCCAUGACAAAUGCGCCGGGCCACAUGCUUGCAACGCCACCAGACGUACGCGAUCCGACUGAGGUACGCUUUGACCACAAGCGGAAGAACAAGGGCAAAGAAACCUACGUUUUUGCUGCCGCCGCUGCGGGCUGGCAUAUGGGUGCGCUGGUCAUCGACCUUGAGUCUGAUGAUGAAGACGAGGAACAAGACAGCUCGCAGGCAAUACCUGGCGCAUUUCCGGAUGACACUACUCCGCCGCAACACGACCGUUGGCAAGGCCCACCGAUCUUGCCUAUCCGUGGUCAUCGAGGAGUGCUACCAUUCCGCAUUGGUUUUGCUGGUCGCGGAAUAGGCCGCGGUGGUGCUGGGAGAGGACAAUAGCAACAAUGAACGAGUUGCCGCAAGUGAAGAGUGAACUGGUCGAGCCGGAGAAUAUUUUGAAUGCAGUGUACAAUAUUAUCGAAAGUGAAUGUCUUGGAACUGGAGGAAAAGCUAGCUUCGAGUCUGGAGCAGCUCAGGAAUCAUAAGGCUUCAACCGUUUUGCUUGUCUACUG